CGCACCUGUCGCUCCUACACGCUCUCAGCUAAGCUCUUCGAUUACCGUGUGUGUAGCUUUCGUUGUGAGUAGCAAGGGUGAGAAAAGCCCGCGAAAGCAGGUUUCAUUUCAUUUUUCUCUGCAUUGAAAUUUCCCCUGGAAAAUCUUGUUCUUUAACGAGAUUAACCUGGUCUGGGGACAAAAAAAAGUGUGCAAUCAGAUGGUAAAUCCCGUAGACUCGAGAGACGUGGUAAUUUUUGUGAUGUAAUCGAAAGUGUGUUAAUUCUACGAAAGUGACGACGAAUCAUCACUAUUUGAAUACAAGUUUUUUUUUCCAUUCCCAUUCAUGCGUUCGCAUCGACAAAUUUCCCGCCAAAUUUCAUGUACAAUCCCCAAAUUAAGUGCUUUAUAAAUACUCCUCAACUUACGUACGAUAGUGAGCCGGUCGUGAAAAAAAAACUAUUUUAAACUCUGUGAGAUGAGAAUCUCACGGAUAUUGUGAGUGAGCUACCGUCGUGUACGGAGAAGAAAUGCACAGUGCGUGGAAUUUCCACACCGUGCAAACUGGAUGACUAAGAGAAUCUCGUCCAUUCACUAAAAUUCAACACCAAUUGAUGACUAAAAUCAAUAAUUACUCAGAAUUGUAGUGAUAUUUUGGCGAAUUUGUGGGAUUCAAUCACCUCUGUGGGGUGGUGCUGCCUGAGAACCACAAAUUGCGGGUUCUGUGAGUGAUCUCUGCGCGCUCAUCAAAAAAUCCCAUUACCAAGUGCUGCGAUCAUUACCAAGUGGACUGUGACACCGGAAAAGUGUGCAGUGAUUGAUUUUUUCUCCAUUUUCUUGACAAAAAUUGUGAAUCCCAAACAGCCAAAAUAGCUCCACUAAAUUCAACCCGAAUGCAUCUGCCAGCGUCGGGGGCAACGGCAGUGCACCAAGCAGGGGGUGGUGGUGGCAAUUCAAACUGUGGAAACGGCGGCGGUUUGGAUGCCGCCACCGGAAGUGAUUGGAGUGAUCAUAAGGGGAGUGGACUGGAACCCCCUGGCACUAGCUGUAGUAGUUCACCUCCAGGAUCACAAGAUCUCUGGUGGACUGAACGACUUGUCUUCGAAGCGCAGCAGGAGUAUCCCGGAGAAUUAGUUCGAACGGGAAGUCCAUAUUUCCUCUGUUCAGCCCUUCCAAAUCACUGGCGCUCCAAUAAAACCCUCCCGAUCGCCUUCAAGGUGGUCGCCCUUGUGGAUGUCGGUGAUGGCACGAUGGUCACCGUCCGUGCUGGCAAUGAUGAGAACUACUGUGCAGAACUCAGAAAUUGCUCGGCAGUAAUGAAAAACCAAGUUGCCAAAUUCAAUGAUCUUCGAUUUGUGGGAAGAAGUGGCCGAGGAAAGAGCUUUAGUCUGACUAUUACAAUUUCAACUACACCACCCCAAGUAACAACCUACAGCAAAGCAAUUAAGGUGACAGUGGAUGGCCCGCGGGAACCACGAUCAAAAACUAGUCCAACUGGUGGUCAUCAAUAUCGAGCUCUGGGUCUCGGUCAGAGACCAUUCCUCGAUGCUCCAUUUCCGAGUCAUCUAAGGGAAUUGGAAUCGUAUCGACGAAAAGCACCAACAUCGUCAUCAAAUCAGUUGCCUUCAGCACCUUCAGCCGCAUCUCUUGGUCCAUCGGGGAGUCAAUCGUCAUCUUCAUCAACUAAUGGAAUCCUAUCGUCAGCUUCAACAAUUGACUGCCAAGAUCACUACAAACCGAAUGCUCCACAAAUACAAGAAAGUAAUAUGAUGGGUGCAGCUGAAUGGACAGGAUACACGAGUUCAUCAUGUUCAACAUAUUCACCGUAUCCAACCCCGGCGUCGUAUGGCUAUGAAGCAGCAACACCCAUUGAUCACACAAAUCUUCACCUGCCUACAGUUCUUACAGAUCAACCACCAUUUUGUGCCACAGAUUACCAUCACUCCACAACAAGCCAAUCACAUCAUCUGGCCAGUGUGAGUGCCCCGAGUCAUCAUCCCCAAUCUGGCUGCCAUGUUGGCUCCUUCAACCCAUCAGCCACAUCGGGUCUCACUAAAAUGACCACAGAACUUGACCCCAUGAACUCAUAUGCACCCUACAACACAAACUGGUCCAACGGCUACAACAACUACCAGUACAGUUCAUGUCCACCGCCACCUCCACCUCCACCACCUGCACCCCCACACUCUUCCUCCGUUCAACAUCAAUAUCCCAAUCAUGGAGCUCCAGCAAUGCUGCUCUACCCCCAGCUGUAUUCCACCGUGAAUCAAAAUCAAAUCCAUUUGCACCUUCACGGUGGAACGGAUAAAAUUGAGCAGUACCUUAAUCCAGAGAACUCCCUCACAAUUAGCUCCUUGGGUGCUAGUCGUGGUUGUAUUGAGAUUGAAAUUGAACCCCCGGGAGUGACAGGGCCCACCCUGAUGUCCACAGAUGAUCAGGAAGAUCCAAAUGAAGACUCAACGCAGCACACGAGGGACGUCCAAGGUGGGGAUCCCAACAGCGUGUGGCGUCCGUACUGAAGACAAAAUGGCACUUUUAACAUAAAUUAGUAUUUAGUUAAACGACCCUUUUAGUUAAAUAAAAGCAUAUCGUCGUUCCAAGACAUUGAAAAUAUAUAAUUUAACAUAAAAUAAAUAAAUAAGUAAAUUAAAUAUAUUUAAUAAAUUCCCUAAAUCAAAGCUUUAUGUGGAUUGGAAAAUUCUUUCUAUGAAAAAUUUGCAACUCCAUCAAGCUUUGAAAAAUUAUAACGGCUUAAUGGUUAGUGUAGAAAGCUAGGUCCUUGUCUACCUAAUUUCUACCGCCAUUGAAAACUAUAAUAAAUCAAAAUUGUUUUUUAGACCGUGGAAAUGGUGAAACUAUAAGAAAAAUCAUUUCCAUGCAAAAAAAGAAUUUCUUGGCCAUAAUAAAAACUCUCUUAUAACAAUGUAUAUAAGCUAUUAUUUAAAAUGAAAAUAGUGUAAUAAAAAAAUUAACUUCUCAAUUCACUCAAUGACGCCAACUAAUCAAGAAAAUUCUGAAUCUUUGAUGUCACUACUAUGAUCAAUUUUUAGUUUCCACGUGAAAAUACUUUUAUGGUCUUUUUGUGAAUUAUAGGUAGAGAAUAUUGAGUGAGUGAGAAGCCAAGGAGAGAGACUUUGUUGAUUUAUUAAUGAAAUUUGUAUAAUGAAAGUAAAU